GGAGCCUUCCGUUCCCGCCAUCCUGCUGGCAGCGCUGCGCCGCCGCUUCGUGAGUGCAGCCCGUCAACAACAGAACAGCACAGCUGCGCAGGACGGGAAAGCCGGCAAAACACGCUUUCUGCUCUAUACGGAUAUACAGUAGCAAUACAGGGGUCGGAAAGUUUGGAGAAGAGGACAUACAACCCAGAGAUCAAUUGAUCCAGGUUUGAGGUGGGCCAACUGAACAGUGAACCAUGGCAGCCGCAGUGACUAAACUCUCCUGCGGUGAUGUCCAGAUACGCUUCAACAGCAUCGACCUGGGCACCACCAGGUGGAAAGAGGGAGCCUUUGAAAUCCUGGAGAAGGACAACAAAAGCAGCCUUUCCCUUAGAUUCAACUGCGGUGGACCACCGAAAACCUUUCAGCUCCACCAGAACGUGAAGCAUAUUUCCCAGAGUACGAGUCGCAUCAUGGUGACACUGAAGGACAGCAGCAUCAUCACUCUGGAUAGGCUGCCUGUGUCCUUGGUCCAGAAGACCAAGGAGUACCUGGAGAAGGUGAAGCAGGGCAAGCAGAAUCCAAAAUCCUGCCAAGGAAGUGCCAGCUUCAGUGUUCUGGGGAAUCGCGCUGUUAAGAAUGAGACCAGUCCACCGGGAGAGAGACAGACAACACCCAGGCGACAGAGUGUGGAAGGCAGGGAGGAGGCCCCCCGUAAGCCCCUGGGCAGCCCAAGCCGAGCUUCCUCCACCCCCACCCGCGCUGGCCUCUCUGAGAACAGGGGUGAGUGGAGGAAGAGACUCAUGAAUCCUGAAAGCGACAUAAAUGAAGACUACCCUAAGGAAAACGACUCAUCAAGCAACAACAAGGCCACCUCAGACCCAUCCAGAAAGUUUCUUGUCAGUUGCAAGGACAAGUUAAAACAGUCGGAGGAGAACCGAAGUUCGGCCCCUCUGGGUGGUCCCCUCCAGCCAUCAUUGUUUUACGGCAGCAGAUCUGUGACCAAGGACUUCGGCCAGAACCACUCUUUCCUGGAAAGACCCUCUAGUACCACCCAGAGCCCUGCCGCCAAGAGGAGUCUUGUGUUGCCCAACCACUCCACCCCCUUCAAGAAGGUCCGGUCCUCUGUGGACUACGGUGGCUGGAACAAGCAGAGGCCCUCAACGCUCACCCAGCCACAAGCACCACUGCAGGGGUUUUCCAAUCUGGGAAACACAUGCUACAUGAACGCCAUUUUGCAGUCCCUGUUCAGCCUCCCCUCGUUCUCCACUGACAUGCUGAGACAGGGCAUCCCCUGGAAAAAGGUGCCCAUCAACGCACUGCUCAGACGCUUUGCCCACCUUAUGGUGAAGAAGGACGUGGGCUGUCCUGAGACCAAGAAGGACCUGCUGAGGAAAGUGAAGAGCGCCAUCUCUGCCACCGCAGAACGCUUCUCGGGAUACAUGCAGAACGAUGCCCACGAGUUCCUCAGCCAGUGUCUGGACCAACUGAAGGAGGACGUGGAGAAGAUGAACAAGAGCUGGAAGAAUGAGGCGGCGGCAGGGUCUGCGUCCACCUCCCCCGCAGCGUGGGACGACAGCCAGCAGGGGGCGACCUCAACGGCGCCAGCAUCUGGCAAGGCUGAGCCCGGGGAGGAGACGGACACGUCGCGCAUCUACACGUGUCCCGUGGCGGUCAACAUGGAGUUUGAAGUUCAACACACCAUCACUUGUAAAGGCUGUGGGGAGGUGGUGACCAAGAGGGAGCAGUUCAACGACCUGUCAAUCGACCUGCCCCGCCGGAAGAACACCCUGCCGCUGCGCUCCAUCCAGGAUUCCCUAGACCUCUUCUUCAGGAUGGAGGAAAUCGAGUACUCGUGUGAGAAGUGCAACGGAAAAGCCGCAACCGUGAUGCAUAAAUUCAGCAAACUUCCACGAGUGCUGAUCCUGCACCUGAAGCGCUACAGCUUCAAUGCCCAGCUGUCCCUGAACAGCAAGCUGGGUCAGCAGGUGGUCAUUCCCCGCUACCUGACCCUACUGUCCCACUGUACAGAAGCCACGCGAGCCCCCCUCAACCUGGGCUGGAGCGCCCAGUCCGCCCUUUCUCGAACACUGAAGACCUCGCAGUCUGUCAACUCUUCCUCAACAGCUCCCAGGAGGCCUGGGGGCAAGGCGGCUAACCCCGGCUGCACGUCGGCCCUGCUGGACUCUGACAGCGAGGAGGAGCUCAGCAGGAGGGUGAACAGCCGCAAGAGACGCCUCAGCGAGUGUCUGGCCGAGGAGGAGGAGCGAACGGAGGAGGUGCGAACGGAGGAGCGUGCUGUUGCCGUCGAGCAGAGUGACUUCAACGACGAUGAGAUGCUGGCCGCCGUGCUGGAGAUGAGCCGGCAGGAGGCGGCGCUCUCGGCCCCGCUCCCCAUAGAGGACGAGCCCACCAACAGCCCCGACACGGGCUUCGGAGACACGGACGCCCAGGACCUGGCCUACCACACGGAGCUGCUGGAGGCGGACAACAAACAGCCUGCAGAUGUUUUGGACUCUCUGGACCUGACCAUGGACGAGAACAAGGAGAACCAGACCCCCGACAGUGCCCAGCAGGGGGAGCUGGACUGGGUCCAGCAGUACAGUCUGGACCAGGAGAGGGAGGAACAGGAGCUGCAGCAGGCCCUGGCCCAGAGCCUCCAGGAACACGAGGCCCAGGAGCUGAGGGAGGACGAUGACCUGAAGAGGGCCACAGAGCUCAGCCUACAGGAGUUCAACAGCUCCCUGCCAGAGCUGCUGUGUUCAGACGAGGACUCGGGCAACGAGGACGUCCUGGACAUGGAGUACUCAGAGGCCGAGACCGAGGACCUCAAGAAGAACGCUGAGGGUGGACAUCAAGCCAACUCAUUCAGGCUGAUCAGUGUCGUCAGUCACAUAGGAAGCAGCUCCUCCUCUGGUCACUACAUCAGCGACGUGUUCGACAUGAAGAAGCAGUCGUGGCUGACCUACAACGACCUGGACGUAUCUCGCACGCAAGAGUCUGCUGUCCAGCGUGACCGAGACCGCAGUGGCUACAUCUUCUUCUACAUGCAGAAAGAAGUGUUUGAGGAGCUGUCUGAAAUGGACAAAUCGAGCGCCAACAUCAGCGUUGACGCAGGAAGGAACGUUCUCCAACCACUCUGAGCCCCUCCGCCUUCCUGCUCCUCCCCUCUGUCCUUCAGUCCCUUCCCCGGCUGUCGGGGGAGUUGGGGUAUGAGCCUGAGACCAGCCCCCCCUGUCCUAAGCCUUUCUGAAGGAACUUGAGUACUACUGAUCACACUUGUUCUCCAGGCACUCCUCAUCCUCCUGAGCCCUCGACAUCAAGACUCAGUGGGCAGGACUCGGUCGACACUCGGUACCGCGAGUAGAGGAGUAGUUGUAAACAUUUGUACUUUGAGCUACGUCUUUGCCUCCACAUUAGGGCAGGAUCUUUUCUUUGCUAUGAUUUUAUUGAAAGACUCUUUUGUAAUAUAGUUUUUGUUUUCUCUUUCUGUCUCUUCCUUCGUCCGAAUGCGUGGUUCAUUCGUCACUUCAUAGCAAACGUUUAGACACAAGAUGGUGCUGGUCCUUCCCUGGUUUGAAUAUUCGCCCCAAAUCCCUUUUUGUUUUUUUGGGAUUUUCCUGUAUGAAACUUUAAAUAAAGAUAUAUAUUCUAUGUUGGAGUAUAAGCUACUUUAGAGCUAGAAGGUUGUGUGUUCAGCGGGUAUAAUAUGGUGCAAUAUUUAUGUUAUCAUCCACUGCCUGUGUGUUGUUUUUCGAUGCUUUACCGUCUGCGUCUUAUUCAUUUUUUGUGAAUAUGAAUUUCAAAAGGCUCCCAUCGUGAAAAAAAAUAUAUAUGCCAUUUUAUGAGCUCUGUUCUUUUGGACUAUUCUUCUAGUACCUCCCUCCUAAGUAUAGUAUCAUAUUUUUUUUUCUUCUUUGAAAUAUCAAUAUGUAUGCAAAGCUUUACUCUGAAAGGUGUGCAACCACUGUUGUGUGGAAUGUGUUUGUUGAACCUCGCAGCAUAGCUCUUUUCUAUGCGUUGAAGAUGACAGAUUUUCUAUUUAUUGCUACGUAAAAGGGUUUUAAGUUAUGGUAGCCAUGAGAUUGAUUUAAGAAUAGCAGAGUAUUUUAGGCUAUACCUACUCAUUACUGAAUAUAAGGUUGACACCGCACUAAACCGUUAAGCUCUGGGCUCACUCAACCUGGCUUGACCUCCACAGAGGGCAGUACAAUGGUAGUGAACAUGAGUGUUGGAAAGUUUCACUUUCUAGUUAAUGAUUUAGUCUCUAGCUAUAGUAAAUUAUAUUUAACAUCCUUUAUAUGUGGACACAUCAGUCUUUGCGGGGUGAUAUUGCUUACAAAACUGGAAUCAGUUGAUUUCCACAAAUACCCAGACACCAAAUAAAAUGUUUUCAUUGUUUAGGGCGCUGUACAAUUAAUGAAAGAGGUGGAUGUAUAUUUUCAAUGAUCAACCUUUAUAUAUAUAUAUGGAAUUUCAACACUGGUGCAUUGCUUAUAUGCAGAUGUAUUGGAACUGUUGUACUAUCAGUAACAACCUUACUAAUCGCCAAUGAACACAUUGUCACAACAUCUUGGUUUCACACACAGAAUCAUUUAGCAGUAAUGAAACUUUGCACCUUUCCAGAGUGGCCCUGUGUUUGAGGUGUGACGUGGGCACAACACUAGAGAUCGCUUUUCUUUUCUACCUGUUCCUACAGUAUUUGACUCUUCCUAAAGCAGAUUUUAAUAAAAGUUUAAACUUA